AUGACAGAUGAGUUUCUGUUUCAAGACAAUAAGAACCAUACUGUCUGUAUAAAUCCAACAAAAGGAACUUUAAACGAGAAACCUAUAUCUGAACUUCUUUUGAAAACAGAUGUUGACAACAAAGCUGACAAAGAAUAUGUAGACGAUGCAAUAGCAAAAGAAGAAGAAAGAGCUAACAAUGCUUAUGCAACAAAAGAACAUACUCAUCCUGAACUAGCAGACAAAACAUAUGUUGACAAUAAAAUGUCAAGUGAAGUGACAAGAGCUGAAAACGAAUAUUCUAAAAAGACUCAUACACAUACUAUAUCUGAAAUAACAAACUUACAAGAAACCUUAAACAGGAAAAGUGACGUUGGACAUACACAUACCAUUGCAAAUAUUACAAACUUACAAGAAACCUUAAACAGGAAAAGUGACGUUGGACAUACACAUACAUCUUCUGAAAUAACAGACUUAAACGUUAGCCUUGAAAAUAAAGCAGAUAAAACAUAUGUCAAUGAAAUAUACCAAAGUUUAGUUGGAACAAAAAAUAUUGAAACUAUUGUUGGUGACUUUUCUGUCAAUGAAGAAAACAAAUAUUUUAGAUGGGAGUUUGUACACUCCUUAAAAAAUGGUACACGGUAUAAACUCAUUCCGAAAAAUAACAAUGAAAUGUAUGUAAGCUAUAAAAAGAACGAUGGUACACAAGUUAAAGUUCCAUUAGACAACAACUGCUACUUAAACUUAUAUGGAGACGAACAAAAGAAAUAUUUAAGAGUUUAUGAAAUGGCAGAUAUGACAUUGCCUGACCCAGCUCCAGCACCAUACUAUUAUGACUAUGGAGAUGACAACAGAACACCACAUGUAGAUGAACAAAAGCUAACAUUAUAUUUAGAUUUUUAUAGAUAUAAAAGAUAUAAUGCAAUAGAAAAAACGAGAAUAGUAUACUAUUAUGAAGAUGACAGAAAUAAAUAUUAU